UCGAAUGAGUGAAACGACCCGUAAGAAAAAUAGAAGACCAAUUCUCAAGUGGGCUGGUUUAGCGAUACGUUGCGUCAUUAAACUCCGCCCCUUCAAACCCCACCCACUUCCGGUGAUGUUGCAAAAGUCAAAACGCGAUCAGAAUGUUCGGACAGUAGUCGAAACGAGCUGUUGGUGUCAGCAAUAUAUCAAACGAACAUAAAAGUUGCCGAAAACCACGUGUGGAUUUGUGUUGUUUGAAAAGAUAAUAAAAAUAAACAUCUUAAUUUGGAAACUUUAUUCUAAUAACUUUAAGGGGCUUAGAUUUUAAUCUAAAUUAUUAUCAAACAAAAGAUUUUUCAUAAAAAAAUGGCAUCUAUUAUUAAAUUUUCCAUAUUCUCGAAUACAUUUUUCUGCGACAUGGAUAUUUAAAUAGACUUUUGACGAACCGGUUGUUCUUGAAUUUGCAAAAGUUUUCAAUAAACAACUAAUUUACAAUAUCAAAAAUUUUUCUAUAUAGUUCACCACGCUUAAAAAUCCUUCCCAUACAAAUCAUUGUCUCACAGAUUACUGUGAAAUGCAUCAAUAAGGAUUUCACUUACCGCUUGUAAUCUCUAAAACUAUCAUAAAACAAUUUUCGGUGUUAUUUCCGCUUGUCCUUGAUGGAGCAACUAACGGAAUUUGUUUCUAAGUCUUUUAACCCAGACAGACCUUUAUCAGCAUCAGUGAGUAGUUUUCCCCACCUAUUAGCCAGUCGACCAGGAGGUCCACGUUCUUUACAUAGUGUAGUAGACAGACUUUCAGCCCCACAUAUGUUUCCAGGUCUAGCCCUUGCUCAUUCAGCAAUGGGGCUAAGUUUGUCUCAGGGGCCGCCACUGCUUUUACCACCACCUCGGCCCGCAAGCGGGGGUACGUCCUCCCCAUCCAGUGUGCUAACUGACAAAGAAGAUCGUGCAAGAGAAGAAGACAGCAAUGACAGGCACGUUGCUUCUUCACCCAUUGCUUCAGUUUCCACUACAACAGAACCAGAAUCUCCAGCAGAAGUAAAAGUCGAAAAUCACCAUAACCACCACCAGCCACAUCAUCACCACGACUCUGUACCCAACCUAGAACAUGGAACAACGAAUACCAAUGGUUCAAGUAGCACCGAAAGACUAGACGAUUCUUCUAGAUUAGACGAUGACGACACGAAGAAGAGAGACAGCAGUCCAUCGUCUAACCCCGGAACUCAAACGUCUCUCGAUCAACCGGGUGGGCAUAAGGUGAAACAGCGUCGAUCUAGGACAAACUUCACUUUAGAACAAUUAAAUGAACUGGAGAGACUGUUUGAUGAGACCCAUUAUCCUGAUGCUUUUAUGAGGGAAGAACUUUCUCAAAGGUUGGGAUUGUCUGAAGCUAGAGUACAGGUUUGGUUCCAGAACAGAAGAGCGAAGUGUCGGAAGCAUGAAAGUCAAAUGCAAAAGAUUGGACCAAAUUCUCUAUCCUCUGACUUGAUGAUGGCAACGAGUACUCCCAUAGAGUCUUCUAGAAUAGCCCCCUACAUAAAUGUCUCCAGUGCAAUGGCACGAUUGCCGCAAGAACGUUAUUUGGUGCCAGGUGCCCACUAUCUACCCUACGCAGACCCUGCUUUCAUUGCAGCAGCCCAGCAUUACGCAGCAGCAGCGGCAGCCGCUGCAGUAGCAAACACAACCACGAGUGGGGCUACCACGGGUGGAGCUGCACCAACUGCACCACCGCCUCACCAUAGUUUCUUAUUCUACCCGACCCCUACUCAUCCGUUCAGUUUAUCUGCAUUGAUGGCUGCUGAAAGACUUAAUAAUAAAAAUUCAAGCAUUGCUGAUUUGAGACUGAAAGCACAAAAGCAUGCAGCAGCACUGGGACUUUAAUGCUACCUGGAAUUUUUAAUGGGGCGAAAAAUCAAACAAUUUCGUUAAAAGGGAUGUUGGAGAUAUCAAUGAUGUAGUUCAAUGAUGAACACAUGAACUUAAUCAAAAUGCACAAACGGGAUGUUUCGAACAAAAGUGCUGAAACGAUGUUCUGAAAGACUUGUGUGUUUGUGACCAAGCAAUAUGUGACUGAUAGCAAGGCUAACAGGAAAAUUGCUGUUCUUAGAUUUGAUGAAAAUACUUGCUCUUAUGCUUAUUUGGUUCCUGGACAGAUAAAUGAAAAUAUUUUCUCAGUGAUUCUGGAUUUAAAGUAUAGUUGUCGAUAAUUUAAAAAAUGUAAAUGUUUUAGUACGACUUGGCACAGAUAAUGAAGAGUUCAGCAUUAUUAUGUUAGCAGAUUAUAAUUAUGUUACUUUUAAG